CAGAAUCCCAAAUAUAUCAUUGCUCGCACUUAAAUCACGUGAACAAGCAAAACAGGAAACAAAACAGGUGCGUGAGUGGGCUAGAGAUUAGUUAAAAACGCACGAAUUCGUGGAGUCCGAUGUCCGAGUGUCUUAAUCUUGAUUUGUUUGUAUUUUGAUUACUGAAAUUAGCGGCUAGCGCUAAUUGAUGCAUUAGCUCUGAUUGCGACUCGUUCCCGGCUACUUGUGCCUGUCGUCCAACCCGAUCCAUGUAUAACAAGUGGAGCUCAUGAAUCAAAAGGAAAUCGAGAAGGUGACCCCGACCGUAUGCACCACUUAUGCAAAAGUUACUGUUCUAACUUUGGCCAAACUUUCACCGAAUAACAAGUCAAUUAGCUUGGAUGCAAGACUUGUUAUGAAAGAGGGUUACAACUACUGGCUAUAUAAGGAGUAUUCCUUGCCAGGAUGUCGCUCACACAGCUAUGUCCACCAUGUCCGAGUGGUAUCGCUUUCUGAAACGCGAUCAAGAGCUGGAUGUGUACUUUUUUGCCGUGCCCCGCUUGAGUUUAGACAUAAUGGGCUAUUGGCCGGGAAGAACUGGUGAUACAUGGCCCUGGAGAUCACUGAUUCACUUCGCAAUACUGUCCAUUGGCGUGGCCACCGAACUGCAUGCUGGCAUGCGUUUUCUAGACGGACAGCAGAUUACCAUGGCACUGGAGACCCUCUGUCCAGCUGGCACAUCGGCGGUCACGCUGCUCAAGAUGUUCCUCAUGCUGCGCUUUCGUCGGGAUCUCUCCAUCAUGUGGAACCGCCUGAGGGCCCUGCUCUUCGAUCCCAAAUGGGAGCGACCCGAGCAGCGGGACAUCCGGCUGAGGUACUCGGCCAUGGCGGCCCGCAUCAAUUUCUGGCCCCUGUCAGCCGGAUUCUUCACCUGCACCACCUACAACCUGAAUCCGAUCCUGAUCGCCAUCAUAUUGUACCUCCAGAAUCGUUACGAGGACUUCGUCUGGUUUACACCCUUCAAUAUGACAAUGCCCAAAGUUCUGCUAAGCUAUCCGUUUUUUCCCCUGACCUACGUAUUCAUUGCCUAUACGGGCUAUGUGACCAUCUUUAUGUUCGGCGGCUGUGAUGGUUUUUAUUUCGAGUUCUGUGCCCACUUAUCAGCUCUUUUCGAAGUGCUCCAGGCGGAGAUAGAAUCAAUGUUUAGGCCCUACACCGAUCACUUGGAACUGUCGCCAGUGCAGCUUUACACUUUGGAGCAGAAGAUGCGAUCAGUGAUCAUCAGACACAAUGCCAUCAUCGAUUUGACCAGAUUUUUUCGGGAUCGCUAUACCAUUAUCACCCUGGCCCAUUUCGUGUCCGCCGCCAUGGUGAUUGGAUUCAGCAUGGUUAAUCUUCUGACACUGGGCAAUAAUGGUCUGGGCGCCCUGCUCUAUGUGGCCUACACGGUCGCCGCCUUGAGCCAACUGCUGGUCUAUUGCUAUGGCGGAACUCUGGUGGCCGAAAGUAGCACUGGUCUGUGCCGCAUCAUGUUCGCCUGUCCGUGGCAGCUUUUUAGGCCUCAACAACGUCGACUCGUUCAGCUUUUGAUCCUCAGAUCCCAGCGUCCUGUUUCCAUGGCGGUGCCAUUCUUUUCGCCUUCGUUGGCUACCUUUGCUGCGAUUCUUCAAACUUCGGGUUCCAUAAUUGCGCUGGUUAAGUCCUUUCAGUAAAUUGGUAAUAAAUAUAAAGUGCCAGUAUUUUUCUAAUUUA